AUGGUGUGCAGAAAUGGCGACGCCUCCUCGCACUUUAGCGGCUCCUCCGUGCAGCAGCAGCCCCCGUCGUUUGGCUUGGAGCGCCUCCUGACGGCAGCGUAUCCUCCACCCCGCUUCGAGCCGGGGCCCAAGGUGCUGCUGCGAUGCAAGGCCGACGUCGUUAACUGCAUUACCCGGCGAGUCCGGCGCGUCAGUGAGGGUCUCAUGGCUGGCAGGUACGCCUUCGAAAAUCGGCGGGCGUUGGCCCACACAAUUGUGCGCAGUGCACUGCAGGCGGCCUACCCCAACUGUCGUCGCGACAUCUUUGCGGCUUCGCCGGGCGAUGGGGCUGCGGGGCCGCCCCUGCACGGCGACACCAUCGCGGGGGCGUUUCUCUGUAGCACCGUCACCUGCGCUGACCCCUUGAUUUACGCGUCGGUGCUGUCAUUUUUUUUCGCCUACGGCGUGGACUUCACCGCGCCGCGCCGUGGCUCGGGCGGCCCCGUGGCCGGAGGCAACCGCGUGGCGCCACCGCUUCCUUCGCUAGACACCGCCCUCUACUGUCUGCACAAGGUGGUGGAGGAGAUUCUUGCGCGGACGGGGAUGCUGCACGGCAGGAAUGUCACUGAGCAUAGCAAGAAUGGUGCGCCCACGCCACGGCGAUGGCUAGACGAUCUUCAGGAUUUCUUCCUUGUGCUGGCGAACGGUUACACGCUGCUGUCGCUUCUGCGGUUCUUUGCCGAGGAGGAGGAGGAGGUGGUGGUGGCGGUGGAGGAAAGGUGGAAUGGGGCGGAGCUAAGCGCAGAGGGAAGGAAGCGCGACGCGGCCGACCUCUCAGUCCGAGCGGCGCCCUUGUGUUACACCACGGCAGUUCUUUACCGUUUGUUUGAUCGGAAAAUCGGGUCAGUUGCGCCAGCGGGCGCCUCCUCACCUUCGGCACCCGCGUCCUCCAUUGUUUCGGUCUUCGCCAUUUUAUUCAAGGAGGUUGUCGAGUAUUGCAACGGCGCCGGUGUGCGGUGGAACCUCUCCGAUGAGGCGGGCCUGAGAGGGGCGCGGAGGGCGCUCUACAGCACCCCGGCUUUGGUGCGGAACAUGGUGGUGGUGGUGGCGGCCUACUGCCGCCAAUUCCCGCCGUUGUAUCAGGCGGUCAAGAAGCAGGCGGGGUCGCCGUUUAUCCUCGACCAGCUGGUGCACUCGGCGUUGUUCAGGCUUCCCUUGUGCCCCCAGGAGGAGGUGGAGAGGGAGCGUUCCGUCGUCUACGAUAAAAAAGUCGCCACGGCGGCGGCGGGAGCCAUGCAUGAGCCCGCCGCAACGGAAGAAUUUGGGCCGCAAUUCAAACCGCCGCCGUUUUAUGGCGGCACUGACGCCGGGACGCACAGUAAUAAGUUGGGCGACACCUCAUUUCCUUGCAAUGCUGGGGCGAUUUCUGCCCAGUGGCGGAGCUCGCCGCGGGAGAGGACGUCCUUCGCGAAUACGGCUUUACCUUUACGGGCCGCAGAGGCAGCGGGGUCAUCGUUGGCGUGUGUGGGGCUGUUGAACAUGGGCAACUCCUGCUUCCUCAACAGCUUCACCCAGCUGUUCUUUGCCGCACGGCAUUUUAGGGUGAAUCUCCUGCAGGAGAAGCUUCCGCGCCUUCUGCCGCUGCUGAAGCGCUCCCUCGACAACGACACGGGAGCCGGCAGUGGGGGCGGGGAGGAAUGGGUGGGUGGCCGCCGCGGCGCCACCGCCCCCCACGUCACCGCGGGUUUUGUCGUUCUCAUGCUGCUGAUGCACUGGAUGGUCACGCACGGUCUUAGCGGGCGGGCCGUCAACACGGCGUCGUUUAGGAAUUUUUUGCCGGAGCCGUUUAACGACGGCUUCCAGCACGACGCCUCGGAGUACGGGAAGGUGCUGAUGGAGCUCCUGGACAGCAGCAGCGCCAGCGAGGCCGCCGCGGACGCCGCCUCCAGCGCGGAGGAGGAGGACUACGACAACGAACAGAAACGGAAGAAAAAUAAGCGGGAGAACGUCCUGGAGGGAGGAGCAGAAGCGGGAGCGGGGGGUUGCGCCGCGGGCCCCUUCCAGGCUCGCGUCAGCGCCCACGCGAGAGGCGAGGGCAGAAAUGGCAGUCGUGGCGGCGGCGGCGGCGGCGGGCGGGGGGGCGACGCGGGGCACCGUCGUUGCGCGAUGGUUCGGCGGGGUCUCGGCGUCUCUCAUCGAGUGCAUGGCAUGCCACCGUACACGGACGCAGCUGAGUCCGUUUUGGGACAUCAGCGUUCCGCUGCGCCGAGAGGAGAACGCCAGGGAGGCCGUCCGCGGCGAGGAGAAACCCGCGGAGGAGGAGGAGGAGGAGGUGCGUGUGGUGCACUCGGCGGAUGGACGCAUUGCGAUCACAACAUACCCCGCCCACGGCCUCGACGAGGCCGACGCGUCUCCGCUGCAGGAGGCGGAGGAGGCAACACCGACGCCGUCGCUGCAGGAGCUCCUCGACAGCGUUCUCAACUGCCGCAACUCUGGCGAGGUCGUCCACGGCGAAAACAUGACAUACUGUGA